GAAUCACAAUGGAACAGCCAUGGACAUUCAAAAUAAUGAUGUGGGCGUACGAGCCCUAAAAUACUGGCGAAGCAAACAAAAUAUCGGGUGAAUUUGUGGGAAUCCCGCAUGGUGCACGGCCGACAGAACGACGACGGGCGCAUCAACCCGCAGCUCGUGCCGCGAGAGCGCGAGGGCGCGAGGGGUGCCUUGCACACUAGGGGGAGUGGCUACGAUACGAUUCCAUUGGUCUCUUCUCAUUCCAUACUAUGUCGUAAGCGCCCGCCUCCCGUGAACGAAAUACUUUCCUGUGACCGCAUGCUACAGACGAGAAUAGUAGUCUCGGUCCUACUCUCGUCACUCUCGGUUGUACUGCUCAUUGGUUCGAAUCUUUCGUCGGCAGAUGUAUUAUGGUAAUAUAAAUUGACCAACCGUAGAGCAAAUUCGGUUAGUUCGUUAAAGUUGAUUAAAGCCAUUUAAUCGGGACGGAGACGAGGAAACGAACGGCGCGAGCGUUCGACGAUCCCGAGGGCUCGUCUAAAUGAACUUAAAUUGUUUAAUAUCGCAUUCGAUAAACUGCUCGUGAAUCGAGCUGAGAGUCGGAAGUGUGCAGCGCGGUGGUAGCGGCAGCGAGUCAGGCGCGACGGAGCCUAGCGAGGUGGGCGCGGAGGUAGCGGGCCCGCACCCGCCGCCGGCCGACGGCUACAUGUACGUGUGCGGGGACAGCGCCGCCGGCGCCGGCACGCGCUAUGAGUGCACCUUCGAGCCAGGCGGCAGCAUGGAACAGCCAACCUUUGAGGAACAUAUGUUCAGCGAGUUUGGCAAGGAGCGACAUGUACAGGUCGUCGUCGGAGCUGUUGGUGACCUGCAGUAUCGUGAUGAGCUGCCUGUGUUUACCGGCGGCACUGAACAGAAACGGAAAGAGGAACCUUUGAUGCUUCAGCAGGUGGACAGUGCCCCGGCUCCUCACCCGCCACCUCCGCCGGCGCCAACCACGAAAAAGAGUGAAAAAAAGAAAAGUGACAAUAAUGGCAUAAAGAAAAAGAAAACUAGAACUACAUUCACGGCGUAUCAACUCGAGGAAUUAGAGCGGGCGUUCGAACGGGCACCUUAUCCUGAUGUGUUCGCGCGGGAAGAGUUGGCUCUUAAACUUAAUUUAUCUGAAUCAAGAGUACAGGUAUGGUUCCAAAAUAGAAGAGCAAAAUGGCGAAAACGGGAACCCCCUCGGAAAACAGGAUACAUUGGAUCUAGUUCACCCAGUUCGACUACAUUAGGUGGCGGCUUCUCUGGCAUCGGUGGCAACUUACCUGCCUUCCCUCAGAACGGACUUUCAGCGCCAGCGGAUUCUUGGUCUUAUCAACACUCUUACGAGCUCUCAUCGCAUCAUUUACUAUCGUCGAGCAACAGCGGGUAUCCAGGUUUUAAUACGCAGCCAGCGGCCUAUUCUUACACUACAGUGCUAAACGGUCAUGACGGACAGAUGUUUGCACCGAGGCAUUCAUUUGAAUAUGGAGAGGGUAGUCCGCCGCCAUUGGGAGUUCGAGACUACCCAAUGAUGGCAGCACAUUCACCGCAAAUGGAGGCGCAUGGACACGAUGAAAAGUUGGAGUAUCGGGGACACGAUCACCAAGAGAAAUAUGCAGCAUGUUCCAUGCAAGAGGAGCCGCCGCGGUACGGAGCACCGCCUGAUGAUUACGACAAGUGUGGCAUGGUUACACACGACAAGCAUUAUGAAAUGGAGCGACACUCAGAUCUAUCACAGCCCGUAGUUGUCAAGAUGGAGCCCAGCCCUAGUCAGGCGUACACUACUCUGCCUCCUUUUUUGAAUUGAAAUACUCCUUUUCGAAAUUGUCCGAGCUGAAGUAGCUGGUGUCAUGGAUAAUUUCGAAAAGGAGUAUGCACAACGACAUUACUCAAGAGGCUAUACAUACAUACCCUUGCGUGUUGUCCUUAGAAAUAGUCUCUACUCAAAUAAAGAUUAUUUCUAAGGAGCAAUGGCAUGUAUUCAUUAUAAAAAGAAUUGCCAAAGUAUAUUUCCAUAAGUUUUACCCAGCCUUUAAUGUUCUUAAAUAGAUAACAUUAAAAAGACUAGUUAACUAUACAUUGCCUAGAAAGUGCUGUAUGUUUGUAAUGUUUAUUAGUCUCUACUUUUAUAUUGAUAUGUUUUCUAAAAAUUAUAGAGGACCAAUUGGCAAUAAGAUUGUAAAUAGUUAUUUAAUUAUUUUUUUACGAGUUAGCAGUAAGGUAAAUAUGAUAUAUUUAAGUGAAUAUUAGAAUAGUAAGUCCUAUUAAACAUGAGAUUCUUAGCUUCACGUGCAUUCCUCGUGCCUUAUCUAUUAUAAAAAAUGUGCCUAAAUGUCAAUUUUAUUAGAUUAUGGGUAUACAGUUAAACAUAUAGAUAUAUGUAGUUUCUAAUUAAUAUUAUAUCUAUAUAGAAUACGUAUGUGACAAUUAAUAAAAGAAAUAUUAAGUAGGCACACAAUAUAGAUAAUAUUUUAUUUGUAGGAAAGGCAAACAUUUUUCCUUGUAGGUGAUUAUAAAAUUGGCUCGGUCCUAAUUUGGUUAAUUUGCACAUCAAUAUACCUAAUCCAAAGCUUCC